CCAGCAGGCUGCUGAAAGGACUCACAGGCCAGUGAUCAGGGGCUCGGCUCAGCGCGAAGGCAGGAGAAUGGCGAGGGACAAUAUCUAUGAGAACAUGGAGAUGACGGAAGCUGCUCCCCAGCCCAAAGGAAAUCCUCCCAAGACAUCGGUCCCUUGGCGGCCCAGGGCGGGGGGCAUCGUCACUGCUGUCCUUCUCCUCCUGAGUCUGGCCCUGGCCACGUCCCUCCUGGCUGUGACGCUUCUGUAUCUCCGGGCACAGAGCAAGCUGCAAGCGGUUGAAGAAGCGGUGCAGAAGCUCCAAGUCUUUCUGCAGCCUGACAACGCCUCGGACGCCUCAGCAAAGGGAUCGGACAGUCUGCAGCUACUGGAUGAAGCGCAGGCAGGAGUCCGGAUGCUGAAAGACCAGCUGGGUAAUGUCAGUGCAGCACGAGGAGCAGUGCAAGGUCACUGCAGUGACGUGCUGACAAAGCUCCCCAGGGGCUGGAGGUUUUACGGUGGGAACUUCUAUUACUUUUCACAAGAAAGGAAGUCGUGGGACGAGGCCGAGCGGUUCUGUAUGUCUCAGGACUCGCACCUGACCUCUGUCUCCUCCCAGGCAGAGCAGGAGUUUCUCUCCAGGGAGAUCCAGGGAGAAGGUCACUGGAUUGGACUCACCGACCGGGGGACAGAAGGCAGCUGGCGCUGGGUGGAUGGCACAGAAUACAGAGCAGACGCAAGCAGGGGGUUCUGGAGUGAGAAUGAACCAAACAAUGCCAAUGGUGAAGAAGACUGUGUUCAUACCGAGCCAAAGAAAUGGAAUUUGUGGAAUGAUAACAACUGCAUUCGGCCUUUCAGGUGGAUUUGUAAGCAGGCCCAUGGACUGGCUGGGCUGUGACAUGCAGGUCCCAGCACCUCAAAAGCUUCCUUAAUUUCCAAGCUAUGGAGCAUGUUUUCCAGCCACCUGCCGAUGAGGAGCCCUGUGCACUGGAGGGGUUUGCAUGGGAUGUGCAUCGCAGGGACGCUUUGUCUUGGUGUGAUAUUUCUGGCUGUAGCAGAGACAGCUGCCUUAUGCCGCUCAGUGUGGCUGGCUCUGUAAUUUCUAUGUUUCCAGGUCUGUCACUGAAUAAAGUUCUUGGAUCAUGGAGUUAUUGUUGCACAAUCACCCAAUAAAUAAUGGUUUGCUUGACUUGAAUUUCUAAUUUUUGCAUCUUUUGAUCAGAUGUUAUGAUGAUAUCAGAACCAUAUAUAGAUACAUUUAAAACAUCCAACAUCUGGUAAGCAAGGUAUGUUUUAAAAUAUGUUUGGCCCAGCGAGGAAAUAAAUUCAGGCUCAGCUGGGAGACCGGCUUCAACAGCUGUUCGAAUUCGCCUAUCCCUGCCCUGCUGUGCCACGUAUCAAAACGUGUCUGUCCCUUCCAACCCAACAGGAGCAGUCCCUCCCCAAUCUGGUGUUUUUCUGCAUCUCAGGCUGCUCUUCCUUCAAAGACCUGUAAUAUUUAUUUCCAAGGGCAUUUAGUACUGGGAGAAAGAUGACAGCCCUGAGGAUUGAUGUCUACAGCAAGUACCUCUGCCAAUGGACCUCUACCAACACCCUCACCUCCCCCUUACUGGAGAUAGGGUAGCUCCAUCUCUGAGAUCCACCCAGUUCUUAAUCAAUAAGCUACCAAUAACGGUGGUUUGGGGGCACCUCUCUACGGGGACCACAAGAUUCUUUUCACAGAACUUCAGAAAAGCAGACUUUGAUUCCCUCAGGGAACUGAUGGGCAGGAUCCCUUGGGAGAAUAACAUGAGGGGGAAACGAGUCCAGGAGAGCUGGCUGUAUUUUAAAGAUCCUUAUUGAGGUUGCAGGAAAAAAACAUCCCGACGUGUAGAAAGAACAGUAAAUAUGGCAGGCGACCAGCUUGGCUUAACAGUGAAAUCCUUGCUGACCUUAAACACAAAAAAGAAGCUUACAAGAAGUGGAAGAUUGGACAAAUGACCAGGGAGGAGUAUAAAAAUGCUCAGGCAUACAGGAGUGAAAUCAGGAAGGCCAAAUCACACUUGGAGUUGCAGCUAGCAAGAGAUGUUAAGAGUAACAAGAAGGGUUUCUCCAGGUAUGUUUCAGAGUAGCAGCCGUGUUAGUCUGUAUCCGCAAAAAGAACAGGAGUACUUGUGGCACCUCAGCAGUCUCUCGUUGGAGUCUGUUUUGGAAGUUUUGUUUUUGAACCUCUCCAGCGCAUCAUCAGAGAUCUACAACCUAUCCUGAAAGAUGAUCCUUUACUCUCACAGAUCUUGGGAGACAGACCUGUCCUCGCUUACAGACAACCCCCCAACCUAAAGCAAAUACUCACCAGCAACCACACAUCACUGAACAAAACCACUGACCCAGGAACCUAUCCUUGUAACAAACCCCGAUGCCAACUCUGUCCACAUAUCUAUUCAAGUGACAUCAUCAUAGGACCUAAUCAGCCAGCCAUCAGGGGCUCGUUCACCUGCACAUCUACCAAUGUGAUAUAUGCCAUCAUGUGCCAGCAAUGCCCCUCUGCCAUGUACAUUGGCCAAACCGGACAGUCUCUCCACAAAAGAAUUAAUGGACACAAAUCUGACAUCAGGAAUCAUAAUACUCAAAAACCAGUGGGAGAACACUUUAACCUGUCUGGUCAUCCAAUGACAGACCUGUGGAUGGCUAUCUUACAACAGAAAAACUUCAAAAACAGACUCCAACGAGAGACUGCUGAGCUGGAAUUGAUAUACAAACUAGACACAAUCAACUCAGGAUUGAAUAAGGACUGGGAAUGGCUGAGCCAUUGCAAACAUUGAAUCUAUCUCCCCUUGUAAGUAUUCUCACACUUCUUAUCAAACUGUCUGUACUGGGCUAUCUUGAUUAUCACUUCAAAAGUUUUUUUCUCUUACUUAAUUGGCCUCUCAGAGUUGGUAAGACAACUCCCACCUGUUUAUGCUCUCUGUAUGUGUGUAUAUAUAUCUCCUCAAUAUUUAUUCCACUCUGUAUGCAUCCGAAGAAGUGGGCUGUAGUCCACGAAAGCUUAUGCUCUAAUAAAUUUGUUAGUCUCUAAGGUGCCACAAGUACUCCUGUUCUUUUUCCAGGUAUGUUAGCAACAAGAAAAAAGUCAAGGAAAGUGUGGGCCCCUUACUGAAUGAGGGAGGCAACCUAGUAACAGAGGAUGUGGAAAAAGCUAAUGUACUCAAUGUUUUUUUUGCCUCUGUCUUUACGAACGAGGUCAGCUCCCAGACUGCUGCACUGGGUAGCACAAUAUGGGGAGAAGGAGACCAGCCCUCUGUGGAGAAAGAAGUGGUUCGGGACUAUUUAGAAAAACUGGACGAGCACAAGUCCAUGGGGCCGGAUGUGCUGCAUCCGAGGGUGCUAAAGGAGUUGGCGGAUGUGACUGCAGAGCCAUUGGCCAUUAUCUUUGAAAACUCAUGGUGAUCGGGGGAGGUCCCGGAUGACUGGAAAAAGGCUAAUGUAGUGCCCAUCUUUAAAAAAGGGAAGGAGGAGGAUCCGGGGAACUACAGGCCGGUCAGCCUCACCUCAGUCCCUGGAAAAAUCAUGGAGCAGGUCCUCAAGGAAUCAGUUCUGAAGCACUAAGAGGAGAGGAAAGUGAUCAGGAACAGUCAGCAUGGAUUCACCAAGGGCAAGUCGCACCUGACUAACCUAAUUGCCUUCUAUGAGGAGAUAACUGACUCUGUGGAUGAGGGGAAAGCAGUGGAUGUGUUAUUCCUUGAGUUUAGCAAAGCUUUUGAUACUGUCUCCCACAGUAUUCUUGCCGCCAAGUUGAAGUAUGGGCUGGAUGAAUGGACUAGAAGGUGGAUAGAAAGCUGGCUAGAUCGUCGGGCUCAACAGGUAGUGAUCAACGGCUCCAUGUCUAGUUGGCAGCCGGUUUCAAGCGGAGUGCCCCAAGGGACAGUCUUGGGGCCGGUUUUGUUCAAUAUCUUCAUUAAUGAGCUGGAGGAUGGUGUGGACUGCACUCUCAGCAAGUUUGCAGAUGACACUAAACUGGGAGGAGUGGUAGAUACGCUGGAGGGUAGGGGUAGGAUACUGGGGGACCUAGACAAAUUAGAGGAUUGGGCCAAAAGAAAUCUGAUGAGGUUCAACAAGGACAAGUGCAGAGUCCUGCACUUAGGACGGAAGAAUCCCAUGCACUGUUACAGACUACGGACCGAUUGGCUAGAAAGCAGUUCUGCAGAAAAGGA